GUGGAGCCUCAGUGGUCCACUACGAUCAUUGCAAGAGUCAUGAUGUUUCACUCUAAAACACACCUGGCUUUAUGGAGAACGUGGAGGACGGUUACGUUGAGCUUACAUUCGACUGCAGUUAGCACAUCUCCCGGUCGAGCUUCCUCAGAUGAAUCCAAAGAAAUCUCCUCAGUUUCUGCUGAAACCCCUCCUCACACACCUGUCAUGCUUAAAGAGGUGCUCCAUUACUUAGACAUCCAACCAGCUCAGGUGGUCCUGGACAUGACAUUUGGAGGCGGUGGUCAUACCAAAGCAAUARUGAGCGCCGUUCCCCAAGUCACGGUGUUGGCCUUGGACCGAGAUCCCACGGCGUUCUCUCUGGCCCAGCAGUUGGCCAGGGAACACUCCGGUCGUGUGAAGCCGUUGCUCGGCCGGUUCAGUGAGCUUGAAGCCCUGCUGUCUAACGCGAACGUUAAGCCAGGCAGCGUUGAUGCCGUCCUGUUGGAUGCUGGCUGUUCCUCCAUGCAGCUGGAUCAGGCGGAGAGAGGCUUCGCCCUCAGCAAGGACGGGCCCUUGGACAUGAGAAUGGAUGGAGAGAGGUACCCUGACAUGCCCUGCGCUGCUGACGUGGUGAAUACCUUAGAUCAACAAGCUCUCACAUCUAUCCUCACUGCGUACGGGGAAGAAAGGCAAGCCUGGAAAAUAGCUUCAGCCAUCGUGGAGGCGCGCCAUGUCAGCCCCAUCACCCGGACGCGGCAGCUGGCCGACGUGGUCGCAGGGGCAUUUCCUGCCUCUUUCACCUACGCACGUAAAGACAAACUUCAGCGCUCGGCACACGUGGCGACGAAAACCUUCCAAGCUCUGAGGAUCUUCGUGAACGACGAGCUGAACGAGCUCCACGCGGGGCUGCGCGCUGCCCAGGAGGUGCUGAAACCCGGCGGACGUCUCUGCGUGAUCACUUUUCAUUCGCUGGAGGACAGGCUGGUCAAACGGUUCCUGAAGGGAUGUGACUUGUCCCAUCUGGAUCAGGACCUCUUUAGCCCCAAGACAAAGCGCAGCUGGAAGGCAAGUCUGGAGGAAGAGAAGCAAGAAUGUAAAAGUGCCUACUGGCUUCCCGUGCGAAAGAAAGUGAUCAAACCUGAGAAGAUCGAUGUGCGUGAGAAUCCUCGAGGACGCUCCGCCAAACUUCGGACAGCUCUCCGGAUCUAARUGCAACUUUAAAUAUUACCUUAACCACACAAAUAUGAACUUAUUAAAUCAUAUCAGCAGGGAUUCUGAGGAGUCUUUCAACCGUGGUGCUGAAAUUAGUGACUCCUAUUUAUUUAUUGAUGAUGAUCUAAUUGGAAAAUGAAUCAUAGCUUCCCAAGAUUUAUACUUUUUCAUAAAGAAAACAAGGACUUUUGCCUCUUAAAGUCAUCGUCACAGUCUGUAAAACAAGAAACUUUUAUAUGUUACUAAAUAAACUUAAAAUGUCCAAAACAACA